AACACGGAAGUGGGCAGUUUGACAGCAGAGCUCAGAGUCCAAACACUCCUCGCCGUGAAACCACGCAGGUGAAAACCCCCCCUCAGGUGUUUCGGUGACACUAUGCACAGGUUGAAGAUCAUCUCGGGUCACUUGUCUCCCCGCGGCUCCGCUGAGCUCCGGCGGGAUGUGUGGAGGUCUGAGUGCGGCUCGGCGGGCAGCAGCAGCCCGGAGGACGUGGUGGUCGUGCACGGCCGGAGGACCGCGAUCGGGAAGGCGAAGAGAGGAGCGUUUAAGGACACGACGCCUGACGAGCUGCUGAGCGCCGUGAUGUCAGCGGUGAUGAGCGACGUGGGUCUGUCGCCCAACAAGCUGGGAGACGUUUGUGUGGGUAACGUCCUGCAGCCCGGGGCGGGGGCUCUGAUGGCCCGUGUGGCUCACUUCCUCAGCGGCUUCCCGGAGACGGUUCCGACGUACACGGUGAACAGACAGUGCUCGUCCGGCCUGCAGGCGCUCUUUAACAUCGCAGGAGCCAUCCGGAGCAGAGCCAUCGACCUCGGCCUCGCAUGCGGUGUGGAGAGCAUGUCUCUUCGUGCGGUCGGUAAACCCGGAGACGUGAGCUCCAGGCUGAUGGACAAUGAGAAAGCCAGAGACUGCAUCAUCCCGAUGGGCAUCACGUCAGAGAACGUGGCGGAGAGAUACGGGGUCACCAGAGAGAAGCAGGACGCCUUCGCCCUCAGCUCUCAGCUCAAAGCGUCCCGGGCUCAGAGUGCGGGUGUGUUCGAGCAGGAGAUCGUCCCCGUCACCAUCCAGUGUGUGGACGAGAAGGGGGCGGAGCAUCAGGUGACCGUGCGUCAGGACGAGGGGAUCAGAGCGGGGACGACUCUGACAGGACUCAGUAAACUGAGACCAGCCUUCAAAGAAGACGGGACCACCACAGCAGGUAACUCGAGCCAGGUGAGCGACGGAGCAGCGGCCGUUCUGAUUGGUCGCAGGUCUGCAGUGGAGGCUCUGGGUCUUCCUGUCCUUGGGGUCCUGAGGGCGAGCGCGGUGGUCGGGGUCCCUCCUGAUGUGAUGGGGAUCGGACCGGCGUACGCCAUCCCCGCCGCUCUGGAGCAGGCCGGACUGACCGUGGACGACAUUGACGUGUUUGAGAUCAACGAGGCGUUUGCCAGUCAGGCGCUUUACUGCGUGGAGAAGCUGGGGAUCCCUCUGGAGAAGGUGAACCCUAACGGAGGCGCCAUCGCUCUGGGUCACCCUCUGGGCUGCACGGGGGCUCGCCAGGUGGUGACGCUGCUCAACGAGCUCAGACGCCGAGGACGGAGGGCGUACGGCGUCGUCUCCAUGUGCAUCGGGACCGGGAUGGGAGCUGCUGCUGUGUUCGAGUACCCCGGACCUUAAACACCGCAGAACCCCAAAUCAAGACUCUUAACUGUAAUCAAAGCCCCUUUCAGAUGUGAGGAACUGGCGCUCCGGGAACUGAACUUAUAAAACUUUAACACGAGUAGCAGACGAGCAGGAAGUGAUCAGGAAAUGUUUUUUAAGGCGUCACAGUCUCGUGGUGGGAAGGUUGUGAAUGUGCUCUAACACCUUAGAAAGGUUACAGCUGAUCUGUGUGUACGGAUACAUCCCUCCUGUUCAUGCUGGAUAUUUACCUUCCUUUAAAUGACUUCGUCCUGCAGCAGUUAGAGAGGCUAAAAGUUUUUGAUUUAAGUAGUUAGUAAAUAAUGAACUCUGAGAUCAUGUUAAUGUGCUGACAAACUUUAAAGUCUUUAAAUGUGAUUUUUCACUCUUAAAUGUAGAAAUCAAGUAUCUCCUCUGAAAAUAACUCUGUGAGUCAUGACUGUCUACAAUGGGUGUAACACCCGAGUCCCACUGUCUGUGAUGUUUUCAGAGUUUUCAGAGUCCUAUCUUCACUUUGUUUACAUCGCCCGGACGGCCGGCUGACUCCUCCCCUCGCGUAUAAAAGUUGUUUAAUUGAGGGACUAGAGAAAAGAAGAAUAACAUACUGUACUCACUGCUUAACUGUGUUUCUAGAUCACGCUCAUUUCAGGUAAAUUUACAUGCAGUGUGAAGAUACGAGCAGAAUAAAGAUCGCUAGCAUUAGCAUGCUAACACAACAAUGCAGCGCCAGUUGUUUUGGUUUCAUGCUGGAGCUCAAGGGCGACAUCAGCUGGAUCAAAACAUCACAUAUAAAGCCUUUAAAAGGUCCAGUAUGAACCGGAGGAUUAAGAAGUACACAUCAGGCCCCGUGUCCACUUAGCGUCUUAUUCUGAGCGCCAGCGUCUUUUUCCAUUUCCAACGGGUAGAGAGUGUUCGCAGCAGAAAGCGUCCGCCUGGAGAAAAAAGCACAGCAGGCAGCGUCAUGUUUUCAAGCGCUCUGCCGUUUUUUGUGCAUCCGCUCCGAGCGCUCACGUUGAAAAUCUUUCAGCAAAGCGCUGCUGACGUCAUCGGCGCUCUUUUCCAAAUGUUUGAUAUUCCCCCGUAGUUUUGCCGUCUACAGAUCGUGUCUUGUAACCACAUCCUCCGUGUCUGAUCGGGGAAAUAAACGAUCUCAAAUAUCAAACAUUUAGUAAAAAGUAACGGAGCAGUGACGGUCAUACAGCGGCCGUUGUCAUCAGACUGUUGUCAUGGAGACAGCCAGCGCUUAUGAAAAAAGGCCAGGUGGACACGCGGCCUUAACUCUUUUUCUUUAACCUUUAACAGCAUGUCGCACGUCGUUAUUCUCCCCUCAUUAUAGAUCUGUGUUAAAGCAGAAGCUGAAUGUUUGUCGCUGCUUUAACAGCAGAGCAUGAACACAACACACAGACGUUCAGAGAGCUGUGGCUUAGUGGGACAAAUGGUCCCGGCUGCGUCAGAGCGAGGAGGGUCGUCUGAAAGGGGGCUGACAUUUAAGAGACACUGAAUGAUUCUCACUCUGAACUAAUGCUGCUGAUUUCUAACACCAGGUGAUUAAAGUGCCUUUGAUUUCUCAUCACUGAUUUCUCCUGAUGUGAUGUCACGGAGCGUCUUUGUUGUGCUGCAGAAUAAAACUCGUGUAAAAUGAAAAGUUUGAAAUAAACACCAGAUGCUUUUGUCCUGAUGAAAUGA